AUGCAAUAUCAAAAAGAUUUUCAUGCUUAUUUAACUACCGCAAGACAUUAUCAUAGACUAAAAGCCAACGAAUUUAUCGUCAUCAUUUUAAUGAUGGCGCAAGCGGAAGGUCAAGGCAAUGAAUUAUCAUUUGAAAUGUUGAAAAACACCCAACAUAUUGCUGAACAAGCAGCCUUGAAAGCUAAAGAGAUUGCGAUGCGAUCUAAAGUUCCUGACAUUCCUGUACGUGGAUCAGGUGAGAAUCAAAAAGCACCUGAAAUUCCACCGAAGCGAUUAAAUCUUAAGAAAGUUGAUGAUAAAACAAUAAAUGGAGACGAUGGAAAACCAAUUCCAGUUCCACAAAGAAAUCAAGCACAGAAGGUUCCACCACCAAUACCUCAAAAGCCUUCAAGUGCUCAGAACUCUCCCAGGCUUAAAGAUAAAACUUCACAUCAAACACAGCAAAUGCAACAACACCAACAACUUCAUCAACCGCAAAACAUGUUUCAUGAACGUGUUUCACAAUCUCCCCAACUAUCCGCAAAGAAUCAAAAUAUUGUGAACAUUCUUAACUCACCGUUGUUUCAACAACGUGCAAAUCAAUAUAAAAUGCAACAACAUCAAGUUGAACAACAAAAUCAUACUCAUAUGAUACGUCAACAACAGAUGAAGCCUGAUGAAGAUUUUGGCUCUGAAGAUGCUCUGCGGGGUAUCGAACGGGGACUUAAAAACAUGGAACGAGCAAUGAAAGAGCAAAUGACGAUGAGAAACAUGGAUUUUAUGGAUGGAAAAGGAGGGGAAAUGCAAUUUAAUCCCAUGGAGUUCAAAAGGUCUUUAGGAGGAUCGAUAAACUCGCUUGAUGGUAGCAACAACCAGAAUAUGAGAAUGAUGAACAACAUGAGGCUGAACUUCGAUGGACAAAUGUGGAAUCAACGAGGCAUUGAAAGAAACUUUAGUAUGGAUCAGAUGCGACUUGAAGCACUCCAAGGUACUGGGCCGAUGAAAGGAAUUCCAAUGGACUUUCAACAACCAAAAAUCCAACACAAUAUUUACCGUUCCCUUGAUCGUACACUUCCACUUGAAUUGCAAUUCAGUAGACAUCGUCAGCAACAAGAGUUUGAAUUUAUGCGACAAAACAAUCAAAAUAUCAUUCAACAACGUCAGCAAGGAUUGUCACGUGAAGAUGUGAAUUUACGUCGUCGAUCUUCUCACGAUGAAACUCAAUAUAUCAUGCAACAACAGCAGCAGAAGCAAUCGUCUGGGAAUACGACAAAUAUUGACAAUACCGGGGUGGGAUUGAGAGUGGAAGUGAAAUGGCGUGUGAUUACAUAA